AUGAAAUCUUUAAAACCAAAAUUGGCCUGGACCAAGCAGCUUGUCCUCGAUAACAAAACCACAUUCAUAGAGUCUAACAUAGGUUUCUUGAAGGGACAGUCUUACAAAGUCAAAAGAUUCGCCGAAAAAGGACUUGCCUCGCUAGCCAACGCAGAAAUUUCAGCAAAAGCUAUCAAUGAAGUCGUCGAACAAUACAACCCCAAAUUUUCGUCACCGUCGUCAUCAUCAUCAUCUCCAACCACGCCAACUGCGAAUGACGUCAGCGAUGACGUCUUCACUCGACAACUUGGUAGAAUUUAUGUGGCCGCAUCUCCAAACUCAUCAACCGAGUACUCGUCACCGGAUAAAAUCGGACAAAUUCGAUACGAAAAAUGGCGCAACCGACUAACGGAAGUUUCUACUGAAAUUCAAUCGCUAGGUCUGCGCCUGGAGCAAGCCUAUCCCUAUCUUUACGAUAACUUGGCCCAUCAGCUUAAAAUGCCGCUGAGAUCAUCAAUAGCUAUCGAGAAAGCUAUGACCGCCAUUGGCGAUUACAUAUUCAAGAACUCAGUGAUCACGUGGUAUCGAAUCGUUGGACUCUUUGCUGUGGCCGGAGCCGUGGCUCUCGAAUGCGUCGAUAACUUCAAAGGUCCAUUGAUUCCAAGCAUUGUGAGCGUCUUCUCGCAGAUCAUUGAGAGGCACGUGGCUCGCUGGAUAUGCGGAGAAGGUGGAUGGAUUGCACUGUUGAGCGAGUACAAACCCGGUACUCGAAAGUACUUGAGACUCGUCAGGUACCUCGGAGUAUUCGUCGGUUUCCUGUCGGUAAUGUGGCUGCCGUUUCGGUUUUAUAGUUGAAUGAAUUAUGUAUCUAUGUAUCUAUGUGUGAGUGUGCGUGUAAUAUUAUUUAAAAAUUAUUAUUAAAUAGAUAAUAAUAACAACAGUACUAAUUUUGUUUAGUAAUAUUACUGCUGUCAUUACAAUUACCUUCAUUAUACUAAACGGUUAAAACACUGUGUUUAUACAAACGUUGAUUUUUAAAAAAAGAA